AUGCAUUCAUAUGAAAUGGAAUAAGAGAAUUAAAUUUUGAGUAUGAUAGAGUCUUAGAAUGAAGAUAAUUUUGUCUAUAGUGUAGAAGAAUAAAAAAAUAAAAUAAAAGAACUAAAAUAAGAAAUUAAUGAAAAAUACCCUCAAUGCCAUAUAAAUGAAUCAGAUAUAAAAUAGAAUGUUUAUUUGUUAAGUUUUCCUUUAGAAAUUCAUACUGGAAUUUUAAUCACUAUAUUUGAAAUUUAGAUUGAUUUUGACUAAAAAAAAAUAGAUGUUCAUGCUUAUUUUACAAAUAAACAUGGAUUGCUAAUUGUUCAUUAAAAGGUAUCAAAAUGAAAGAAUAUAAGCUACUUAGACUUUCUGUUUCUAGAUAUAUGUUGCGAUUAAAUAAUAAUCUUAGAGUAGGAAGUUUCUUUUUAAAUCCUGUUUAUGGUUAAAUAGGAUUUAAUCUCUAAUGUUAUAGUAAUGCUUCUUUCUUUUAACCUAAUGAUGAAUUUUCUGGAUUUUUUGCAUACUUAGAUAGUUUAAUUGUUACUGCAACUCAUUCAUUAAGAUUUCAUUUUAUGAGGAUUUUAUUCAUGUUAAAUUUGAUAAACAUUAAAUUAUUCAGAAUUUAUGAAAAUUAUAUGGAUAACAUUAGAUAUUAAGAUGAUAUUAAAUAUCAAAAUUUUAUUAAUUGGAGAAAAUUUCCAAAAGAUGCUGAAUAACUUCUAUAAAGAAUUAAGAUGGUUAUUAAAAAGUAUUUAUUUAGAUCAUUUUUUAAAUAGCAAUAUGCAUUUAGAAUUUAAUAAUUAGGAAUAUGAAUAAUAUGGUCCAAUACUUUAAAAGCAAGUUACAACUGAUAGUAGAUGUUUGAUUUAAAUUGAACCAGUCAAUUAUAAUGAUUUAGAAGUAGAUUAAAAUUUUUUAAUUUCUGAAGGAGGCUUUUGUAAUAUAUAUUCAAAAGAUAUUUUUUAUCAUCUUUAUAAAGAUGGUGCAAAAUAACAAUAGACACAAAAAAGACCUCUUGUUAUUAAGACAGAUAAAGCUCAAAAUGGAGAUAAAGUUAAAAAAGAAAUUGACAUUGCCCUUAAAUUAAGUGGCCCACCAAACUUUGAACCCAAGUAUUAAUUAUUUUUAAUUUAUUUUUAGAGAUUAAAAUGAAAUUAGACUUAAAUAUUUUAAAAUUUUUGGAUGUUGUCCAUAUAUUGCUUAAUUUUAUUAUGUUCCAUAGAGGAAUGAUAUUUUAUUGAUGGAAAGAUAUUAUCAUUCUUCAUUAGAUUAUUUUAAAGCAAAAUAAUAAGAGGUAUUAAGUUUAUCAACCAGAAUAUUUAUUGCACAUAGUAUAGCAAUGGGUUUAAGAUAUAUUCAUAAUUAUGGAAUUAUACAUAUGGAUAUAAAAUCAGCAAAUAUAUUGAUAUCUAAAACUUUGAUGGCUAAAAUUACAGAUUUCGGAGAAGCUAUCAUUAAAAAGAAAUAUACAGAUAAAGAAAAACCAGGUAAAACAUUGCCUUUUUGUGCACCUGAAAUCUAAUAAAAAUUAGAACCACAUGAAUAUACUUAUGCAUAUGAUAUUUACUCAUUUGGUGUAUUACUUUUUGAAUUAUUGUUUGAUAGAUAUCCAAUAGUAAAAUAAUUAAAUUAUGAAUAAUUAGGAUUUUAGAAGAUAAAAUUUAAAGACAUUAGAGGAAAAAUUAAAAAACAGAACCUAUUAUGUAAGAUAUGAUGAAAAUUUUGAUAAAUUUUCAGGUCCUUAAGUAAUAAUGAAAUAUUUAGGAAGAAUGUGUUUAUAAUGUAAAAAUAUAAUUAUUAUUUUAUAGGUUUAUAACCAGAACCUGCAAAUAGACCUAAUAUUGAUAAGAUUGUUUUAGUUUUGAAAGAUUGUUUGACAUAUUUAGAUAAAGUAUAUUGA